AUGGCACCUUCUAGGGCCCCUAGCUUGCUGUUACUGCAUUCGCUGAGGUCGUUCACGGUUGAGGUGCCGUUAACCAGAGCCGCUCUCCGAACCUUCACAUCGACAAGCUCGACCUGUCAAGAAGUCCAAGCGCAGAAGCCCUCCUAUUAUCAUAAUCCCGAUCCAGCUACUGUUCAUGCUCCUCGACUUGAACGGAAGCUGUUGAGAGCUGGUCAAUUUCCCGUCGGAUCUCGAAGACGCCGCGCCGCACUCGCGCAAUCUCCUGGUAUUCCCUUCGACGAAUUGCCGUACCAAUGUUUCCAAGAAGCUCGCAAAAUUCUCAUUGCCGACCGAGCUGAGAAACUCAAAAAGAUAGAGACAGAGAGGGCUCGCAUCGCUCGUCUCCGGGAUGUCGACCCAAGCACCUUUCCCGGGGGGGAAGUUUACAAACAAAGGAGGCUGAACAGCAUGCUCGCAGAGCUGGAGAAGCUCAAGAUUUUGGCUGACAUCAACGAUCCCAAUGUGAAGAGGAGAUUCGAAGAUGGCAAAGGUGACCUGAGCAAACCUAUCUACAGACAUCUGGCUGAACGGAAGUGGCGAGAGUAUCCGCGGAAAGUCCUCGUUCAACGGAUUACACAGAUGAAUGUUGUGCCAGACGUCAUUCCAAACGUGGAUCCUGUUCUGGAUGUCAAGAUAGUGUUUGGAAACAGAAUUGUACAACCGGGCGAGUUCGUGGAGUCGCACAUAAGCGAAAGCCCCUGUCGUUUGACCCUACAAUCCUAUGAGCGAGGCGAAAAGAUGGUCACCAUCGCCAUUGUCGACCCAGAUGUGCCAAAUGUUGAGACCGACUCCUUUGACUCCCGAUGCCACUAUCUUGCAUGCAACGUCAUCAUCUCACCAACACAGGCCACGAUAGAUCUGGCAACCCUGUCUCCGACUUCCCAGGUCCUUCUACCAUGGCUGCCACCCUACGCGCAGAAAGGCAGUCCAUAUCAUCGGUUGUCCAUCAUCAUUUUGCAACAAAAAGACGACAUCCCGAUUGAUCUUGAGGUUGCCAGGAAAAAGAUCCAGCGUGAUGGAUUCACAGUACGCAGUAUGAUGAGUCGUCACAUGCUCAGUCCCAUUAGUGCUUCGUUGUUCCGGACACAAUGGGAUGAAAGUGCGGCUGCCAUUAUGCAGAGAGCAGGCAUCGACGGUGCGGAUGUGGAGUAUAAGAGGAAGAAGGUUGGGCCUCUGCCGUAUCAAAGGCGUAAUACGUCUAGGAUGAGGGGAUGA